CAACAACAACAACAACAACACCAAUAUCUUUGAUAUAACAAAUGAUUUUAUCUGAUGAUGAUGAUGAUCUUAAUUUCACUUUUGAUGAAAUACAAAGAGAAUUAACUAAUUUAGGUGUAGUCGGUUUAAAUAAUCAACAAUUAAUUCACUUAAAAAAUGAUUUAGAUUUAUUAAUUAAUAAAGAGAAAUAUGCGUUGCAUCAUUUCAACCACCACCACCACCACCACCAGCAACAACAACAACAACAACCAUCUCAAUCAGUAACAACUAAUGGUAUUUCUAUGAAUGAUGGUGAUACUUAUCAACAAAUUGAUGAUAAUAAUCAUAUUACUACUGAUAAUUCUAAAAGAAUUGUAUCGUAUCUAUCUAAAUCUUCUAUCGUUUCCUCUUCUUCUCCUCCUCCUCCGCCAUCAUCAUCAUCGUCGUCAUCAUCAUGUUUUUCUGUGACAUCUGAGGACUUUACACAUUAUAAUACAAACAGUUAUGAUUGUAAUAGCGUGAACAAUCCAUUAAAGAAAUUCAAUGAUCAUACAAUACUAAAUGAUUCAAUUAAAUGUAAAUCAUCAAUAACGAAUAAUUAUUCUCUCAACUUGAAUGAAAGAAACAUAUCCAAUGAUAGUUCUGUAUCGAAUGUCGUACAAUUAUCACCUAAACAUCAUCAUGAACAUGAUCAUUGUCUACAUCAAAAACCAUAUUCUUCAACUGAUUCACAAAUAACAGCCUGUUUUUCAACAACUAAGGAGGCAAUGAAUAAUCUUGACACCACAUCGAUCUCAUCAUCAUUAUCAUCAACAACUCUAUUACUGAAUGAACCUGAAAGUCAUUUUGAAGAGAAACAACAGAAACUUAAUCACCACCACCGCCACCACCAACGUCAACAGCAGAAACAAAUAGUUCAGUCUGGGAAUGAAUUGACCAGCAGUAAACAAUCUGUAAAUUUUAAAUAUUCUGAUGCUAAUGGACAACCUAUUCAUUCUGAAUCUUCUAUGAAAAAUCUUGACUUCGAACACCGUCUAAGUAAUGAAUUCAUACUUACACCAAUGAGAAUGAAAACAUCGUCAUCAACAGACAAAAACUACUGUCACCCGAAGUCUGUUUCUAAAGAUUCGUCUAAUCAGUUUAGAAGAUCGUCUGCAUAUCUUCAGCACCAAUAUCAACAGGCACGUGAUUCUCAUCAACAUUUGCAUGAUGAUCAAGGAAGUCGGGAUAAAUUACAUGGAAAAUGUGAAUCGAUUAUUGAAAAGGUCACUGCACAUACUACAACUAAUGCAGAUCAACAUGAUUUUCGUAGUAAUAAGUUGUUAGUAUCGAAUAAUAAAUUGGAAAAGAUAUUAGGGUGUAAUAAAAUUGAUGAUAUUUUAAGUUCUAUUAAUUAUGAACGCCAAAAGUCUACUACUACCACGACGAAUUCUUCAAGAAGAUCGGCUCGAUUUCUUGAUAAUCCUGUUGAGCAAGUUCAUAAUGUACCACAACAACAGCGACGACCUAAAUCUGCACAACAUUGUCAAAAAGGGAAUGAUUGUUGUUGUUAUAAUGCUCGAUCAUUACAUUCUCAGAACUUACAACGACCGGUAUCCACUAUUACGCAGAGACAAAAACAAGAUCCAGUUACAAAAUAUCAUUCAUAUCAACGAAGCUGGUCGAUACAUUCUACACCCGGUGAAAAUGCACGACGUGUUCUACGUUGGAAUAUAAGAACAGCAAUGAUGCAUAGAGAAAUACCAUUGUUACAACGUAACUCCUCAGAAGUUAUUCGCCUCUUAGGUCCAUAUGCAUCAGCUUAUUUGGAGCAAGAAAGACAGAGACGAAUUAAAGCUUUACAGCUUGAUUAUAUUCCACCAACUAGUAGACGUUAUGAUGAAUUACGUCAAAUUAUUCGUUCAUUAAUGGGAUAAAUUUCAUUAAAUUUAUAUAUUAAUCAAAUUAACUGAAUAAUCAAGUUAUUCUAUUCAUUGUAUAAUCUCAUUGAAUAAUUUACUCUUGGUAAUAUACUUCAUCUAGAUAUAUAUCUUUCUUUAUAAGAAGGAUCUCACAUUCAAGAAGGAUUGAUAUCCUUUUUCAUUUGAAAAUGGUCAUAUAUCGUAUUUACUUUCUAUCAACCGGUGUUAUCAUUAUCAUUCCAUCGGUCCAAUUGUUUCAUAAACAAUCUAUUUGACUUUUUUGUUUUCAUCAAGUUGUUGUUGAACUAUGUUCUUUUUGUUUUGGUUGUUGUUGUUGAUAUAUUG